CGAAGCCAUGGAUUCUGUCAUCCUCCAGCUCUGGGCUGUCCUCUCCCUCCUGGUUCACCUUGCAGCCUGCAGUCCCAUCCUGAGCUUGGAGCACUCGUCCCUGGAGGAAGACGUGCCUCUUUUUGAUGAGAUCCUCUCCGAGCAAGAUGGGGUUGAUUUCAACACGCUGCUCCAGAACAUGAAAAAUGAGUUUUUGAAGACGUUGAACCUCUCCGACAUCCCCCUGCAUGAGUCGGCCAAGGUGGACCCACCAGAGUACAUGCUAGAGCUGUACAACAGGUUUGCAACAGACAGGACAUCGAUGCCUUCUGCAAACAUCAUCAGGAGCUUCAAAAAUGAAGACUUGGAUUCACAUCCUAUAGGCGUGACGGGAACUCGGAAAUACCCGCUGCUGUUCAACGUUUCCAUCCCUCACCACGAGGAGAUCACCAUGGCCGAGCUGAGGCUCUACACCCUGGUGGAGCGAGACCAGAGGCUCUACGAAGGGCUUGACAGGAAGGUCACCAUCUUCGAAGUGCUGGAGAACAUCCACCUGGGGGCUGGGGAAGAGAGGAAGCUGGUGGCCCUGGCCUCCAGGCACAUCUACGGCACAAGCAGCGAGUGGGAGAGCUUUGAGGUGACCGAGGCCAUCCGGCGCUGGCGCAGGGCAGGGCUGACCACGCACCGGCUGGAAGUUCACAUCGAGAGCAGGGAAGGGGAGGAGCAGAACGGGGAAGGGAAACUCGAUAUUGACAUCAACUCCGAGGCCAAGCACCUGCCCCUGUUGGUUGUGUACUCUGACGACCAAAGCAACGACAAAAAGGAGGAGAAGGAAGAGCUGAACGAGAUGAUCGACCACGAGCAGUUCCUGGGCCUGGAGAACUUGGAGGUUGGCAAUUUCCACGACCAGCCCGGGGAGGAGGCGCUGCUCCAGAUGCGCUCCAACAUCAUUUACGACUCCACCGCCCGCAUCCGGAGGAACGCCAAAGGCAACUACUGCAAAAAGACUCCACUCUACAUCGACUUCAAGGAGAUUGGCUGGGACUCCUGGAUCAUCGCCCCAGCGGGCUACGAAGCUUACGAGUGCCACGGGGUGUGCGCCUACCCCUUGACAGAGCACGUCACACCCACCAAACACGCCAUAGUCAAGACUUUGGUUCACCUGAAGAACCCCCAGAAAGCCUCCAAGGCCUGCUGCGUGCCCACCAAACUCGACCCCAUCUCUAUCCUCUACUUGGAUGCAGGGGUGGUCACCUACAAGUUCAAGUACGAGGGCAUGGUGGUGUCAGAGUGUGGCUGCAGAUAGUAGGAGGGAACGCGCGCAUGGGGAGGGCACGGGGGGAGUAUUUAAUGAUUCAGUCUGUAAAUUUGUACAUUUGGGAUUUCCUAUUUAAUGAGGUUAUUUAAUGAGGCCUGUACAGAUAAUUGUAUGUUUCCUGCCACGGGGAAUGGGCACGUCGCGUAGGGAUUGUAUAUUUUGUUCCUUUGCUUCCUUCUUGCUGCUCUUCGCUGUCCAGAUCGGAGUCUCUCCUCCUGCCAGGGCAUGGAGCUGAUCACUGGAUUGUUUGGGAGGGCUCUUGGUGCCAAAAGGGCACAUCCAAAUUCACGGAAAUAAAGGCAUAUUUUUGUACUUUA